AUGUUAAAGGCUACAAUUGGUUUCAUUUUAUUUAUAUGUGUGAAUAUAGAUAUUAUACGUGCAGAACCUAAGGAAAAUGUAGUAAAUACCAAAUUUGUGAGACAACAAAGUCCAACUUACAAUCCAAACAAGAAAGGAGAUGUUAUUUUUUAUAUGCCUGAUCACAAUGGUGGAAUGCAUGGAGACAGUAAUAAUAGUGCAAAUAUUAAUUUAAAAAAUAAUUCAGCACGUAAUAUCAAUUUAGGGCGCAAUAGAGUCGCAGAAGUAUAUCCCGAAUUUGAUUAUUAUUCAGGCAAUUCACCAAAUGUGAAUAACACAAAAGAGUUUCAAUCUAUGAACAAUCAGAAACAAGGAUCCUUUGGAAAUAAAUUAGAACAUGCAAAUAGAUCACCAUAUUCAUAUAAUAACAAGAAUAAUUCAUAUUCUCCUAAUGGAAAUAAUAAUUAUGGUACAGGAAGUUGGGAAAAUAAGGGACGUUCGGAUAUCAAUGGCGGAAAUAAUAAUUCCCAUGGAUUAUAUGAUAAUCGAAUAUCUCCUAUUGGAACUAAUGGAAGACCUGGGCAUCUGAUAAGUCAUUUUAACAAUCCUAAUCAAAAACAUGAGUUUUCACAUGGUUUAGAUGGAUCAUUUAAUCAAAACAAUCUUGGUACGAAUUCUGGAGGUAAUUAUGGAUUCAAUGGAAUAAAUCCUAAAGGAAAAGGAGAAAAUGAGAAAUUUGAUAAUUAUGGUAAUAAUGCAGGAUCAAAUAAUGGUACUGGAUACCCACAAAUGGUAAAUGGCAAUAAUGUAGGAUCAGAUGGUAGUAUUCAACACCCACAAAUGGUAAAUGGUAAUAAUGUAGGAUCAGAUGGUAAUAUUCAUCACCCACAAAUGGUAAAUGGCAAUAAUGUAGGAUCAGAUGGUAGUAUUCAACACCCACAAAUGGUAAAUGGCAAUAAUGUAGGAUCAGAUGGUAGUAUUCAACACCCACAAACGGUAAAUGGUAAUAAUGUAGGAUCAAAUUAUACUAUGCAAUAUCCAGAAACGAUAAAUGGUAAUAAUGUAGGAUCAGAUGGUAGUAUUCAACACCCACAAACGGUAAAUGGCAAUAAUGUAGGAUCAAAUUAUACUAUGCAACAACCACAAAUGGUAAAUGGUAACAAUGCAGGAUCAGAUAAUGGUAUUAAAUACCACCAUGUGGUAGAUGGUAAUAAUAAUGUAGCACCCAAUUUUACUGGAAAUGAUCAAGAAAUACUUAAUAACAUUCGUAGCUUGAGACCAGUAAACCAUGAAGAGUUGUAUAAAAAUAAAAUGAAUCCAAUAAUAUAUAAUUUGCAUGGAACAAAAAAUGGUAAUGAAGAUGCUGCAUCUUAUUCCACAUCUGCUUCAGAUUCUGAAUCAAAUAGAUCAAAUAAAAAUGCAACCACAUAUGAUAGUGAAAAUAGUUAUGGAGAUAGUUCGGAUUCGGAUAGUGUUUUAUCUUAUGAAAGUGAUUUAAGCUCUGAAAGUCAAAAUAGCAAAGGGGGUUCAUUUGAUGUAGAAAAUUUGUUUUAUAUAGAUAAUGCUCAAGAUAGAGAAACAAAAGAAAAAUUAAUGGAUUCAUCAGAAUCGGAUGAUGAAAUAGAAAAUCCUUUACAUGUAAAAAUUCCAGAAGGAAAUAUAAACUAUCAUUUUUCCAAUUAUAUGAAUUUUGAUAAAAAAAAUAUACUUAUUUCCAAUGAUACAGAAUUAUUAAAAAUGAUUGGAGAUGAUUUUUCAAUAGAAAUACGUAAUUAUUGUGUUAAAAAAUCAAUAUUUCCUAAGAAAGGUGAUUAUUUGAAUGUUUCUUUUGAAUAUUCUAAAGAAUUAGAAAUGAUAAGAGAACAAAUUAAGAAUGGACUAUUUAAAAGGAAAACUAAGUUAAUUACUAAAGAAAAUAACAUUUUAAAACAAAUAGAAAACUCUUUAAAAAGAGAACAAUUAUCAACAAACAAUGAAGAUAUAAAGGUAGCUCCAAAUUUUAAUGAAUUAAAAGAUGAAAAAGAAUCGGUAUUAACUAAUAAAUAUAAUAAAUUAUUAGAAGAAUAUACUUGUCAUGUACUUUCUAAUAAUCCUGGUGAAUCUUCGUUUGAAAAAUUAUAUUACCAUAACCUAGCAAUGGGAGAAAUAAUGAAAACGAUAAAAACAAAAUACAAUAAUAAAGCAACAGAAUCUGUUGUGCUAAAUUAUGAAAUGUACAUACUUUCUUCUUCAAAUAUUUAUUUAUUUGGACAUAUGUUAAUAUUAUCAUUAGCAUAUUUCUCUUAUAAUUCUUAUUUUACGAAAGGAACGAAAUCAUUUUAUUCAAUGGAAACAUUGUUGUUAGCAAAUUCAGAUUAUUCUUUUUUUAUGUUUAAUGAAAUGUGUAAUGUUUAUUAUAAACCUAAUAAAUCAUUUAAAAAAGAUUUAACAUUUAUUCCAAUUGAGUUAAGACCGGGAAGAUAUACUACAUAUUUCGGAGAAAGAAGAAUAAUAUGUGACACAUUAGAACUAAUAUUAAACGCCGUAUCUCUUAUAAACAUUAAUGAAAUUUACAAUGUUUUUUAUAAAAAUAAUGUUAAUGGAUAUGAAAAUUCAGUAUCUUUUUCAAAUAAUGCAAUAAGAGUAUUUUCACAAGUUUGUCCUAGACACGGAGAAAAAAAUGCUAUAAAUUGUAGCUUUGAAAAUUCUACACUAUAUAAAAAAAACGUUUCAGAAAAUGAUAUUAAUGAAAUAGAAAAUCAAAAAGAAUUGAAAAAGGCAUUUGAUCUAUUAAAUACAUUUAGUGAAAUAGAAAAUACAUCAAAUAAUAAUAGUUAUCAACAUGCUCACUAUGUAAAACUUAUCAUGGAACAAAACUUAUAUAUUGAUUUUUACAAAUAUCUAUUUUGGUAUGAUAAUAGAGAACUUAUAAAAAUACCUAAAGCUGGCAAAAAAAUCACAAAAAAAUCCGAAAUUUCAAAAUAUAUUUAUAAUCAAUAUUUGGAAAUGCAUAAAUCAUUAGAAAACAAAUUUAAAAUUCCUCCUCUUUAUAAUUUGAAAAAGAAAGCAAUAAUAGCAUUUUAUUCAUUAAUAGAUAAAUAUGCAGAUUAUAUUAAAAAUGAAAAAUUGAGAAAGCUAUAUUUAAAAUUUAUUUCAUAUACUCGACAUUUUCUAUAUAUGAAUAGUGCACGAUCACCUAUAGGUAAAUCUGAUUUCGAUUUUAUGAAAAUGAUGUUAGACGAAUUACAAUCUGAAACAAAUGUUCCAUUAAAACUUAUAGUGCGAGGCAAUUAUUUCAAUAUGAUGGAGCAUCUAGCUAAAAAAGAUAAUCUUUUUUAUAUGAAUUUAUUUGUAUUAUCAUCAUUAUCAAACAAAAAUCCAGUUAAAAGCUAUUAUAAUGGAAAGCGCGAAUUGUUAAAAGUUUCACUUUCUGAAAAAUUUGCAACAUCUACAUCGGCCUUUAUUCCCCAUAAACUUAGAAGAAUUGUAAUUGGAAUGAAAAAGGGAAUAUUAAAAAAAAAACUAUUAAAAACUUUAAUGAAAAAUCGACUUUUACAACAUAUACCAAUAAAUCUGUUAGAAAAUAUUACAACUACUUUCCGAUUUACAACACAUUCUUUCGCAACGUCCAUUUUAGCUCAAAAUGCACAUCGUGUAUUAACACGUUUAAAUAAUAGCAACAAAAAUCCAUCUGAAUUCGUAAAAUCUGUCUUUUCUAAAGGAGGUUUUCCACAAUAUGCUGAUAAAUUAAUGGGAGAAUGGUUUUCCAAAGGUUUUGAAGAAUAUAAAAACGAAAAAAUUGCUAAUCAAAAAAUGGAAAAUGAAAUUGAUAUUGAAUUAGACAAAUUAAAAAGAGAAAAUACAUCUGAUUCAAAAGAUAUUAAUAAUUUAUUGAACGAUAAAGAUAAAAAUGAUAAUGCAUUGCGAGAAAAACGAAUUGAUAAAUUAAUCUAUAAUGAACAUGACAAAUGGGAUCAUUAUAUAAAUAAAGAAUAUGUAAAGGCCUUAAGUGCAUGGAUAGAUAUGAAUAAAGAUGGUGCUGUUAGUUCAAAUAUAUUUCAAGCUAUACAAGAUAGUAAAUACCUUUUGGAAAACAACAUAGAGGAUAACAUAUUCUUUUCUCGAACUGCUAAACCAACUAAACAAUCAGGUUUUAGAAAUGUACUUAAUAAAACUCUUUCUCUUGGAAAAAUGCUAUUAAGAAAACCUAGCUUUAAGGUAGAUCAUGCAGUGUGGUUUGGUGCCACUAUAAAUAUGAAUAAGGGAUUUGCUUUAUUAAAAAAAGUUAGUGAAUUACAUAAAUUAGUACGCCAUGAAGAUGAAUCAUGGUUAAUUAAUGAAGCUUUUAUUGAAAUUGUUGAUCAUAUAGUUUCAAUAAGAACACCUAGUAAUAUAUCAUUCCAAGCAGGCUAUUUAAGAAAUCCAGGAAUGACUAUUAUUAAUCCAUAUUAUCAUAAAUUAUCACAUGAAAACAGAUUAAAGGAACUACAACAUUAUAUGUGUUAUGACCAUUGCUCGUCAUUAUGGAAAAUGCUAUCAACAUUUGCAUUACAUCAUUUAAAAAAUCCAGAUAGUUUACAAACUUAUGAAGAAAAAUUUUCUAAGAAUUCACUAGGUAACCAAAUGACUGAUAAAGAUUUUGUCAACAAUUUUAAAAUGAUACUCGGAGGCGACGCUGCAUUACAUUUUUAUGAUAAUUUACUUCCAAAAUCAAUGAAAAAAGAAUUAAAGUCUAUGAAAUAUGGUGUAUCAUUAUCAUUUUCAUUUUCACUCAAAGUAGCAAAAAUGGUUUUUGAUGAAAUGCAAUUGCCUCAUUUAAGUCACAUGUUUUAUGCACAAGCUCCAUAUUUUGGUCAUUUUAUUGGAAAAUGGCAAAAGGAAAGACAAGAAGGUAGAGUAAAAGAAAUUUUAUCAGCUAUGACAUUAGGAAGUUUAUCGACAUAUACUAUGUUAAGUGCUAUGGAUAUAACACAACAUGCUAAAGAUAUUGGUAUGGGACCUAGUACUAGCUGUUAUACAUCUCUUGUACCUCCCCCAAAAAGUAUAUGUGUACAACAAACUGUUAAAGCUGUAUUAACUAGUUCAACAUUAGCAUCUAUGAAGAGUGUUUUUUCGGUUGGUUUAUUUGCUGCAAUUACACCAUACUUAUUUGCCCCCAUGGCUGGUUUAGCUAUUUGGAGUGUAUUAAAAUCUCAGUUUAAAGUAGUAAAUAGAAUUGAUAUGGCACUUAAGGGAGCAUUAAAAAAUAUGUGGAACAAAUUUAUGUCAUUAAAAGGAAUCCGUAGAUUAAAAACUGUAUUCAAAAAAUUAAAAAUAAUAAAGAAAAAAAUGAUAGAAAAAACUGAACAAAAUUUAGCCGAAAUCCAACAGAAUCCAGAAGCUGAACAAAAUCAUAAAGCAGCCGUUGAAGAAAUCCAUAAUACUACAAAGGGCAAUUACCAUUAUAUAUCUUAUGCCAAAAUUGUAGUAUAA